AUGCGAAUGAGCACUUGGAGCUUUUUGGUAGAGGAUAACCCUCCAGAUCCCGAGUCAAGAAUAGAGGCCAGACAGUUAAAUGAUUUGGUAUUUAGGGAGAACGCAGACUCCCUGUAUGCGCAAGAAUACUUCUCCACUGGAGUCAGACAACAGUUGCCUGAAAUCCAGGUUCCAGGUUUUGAUUUAGAUGGCCUCUCGCUGGAUCAAGCCACGGGAUUCCUUCAACUUUUCAACAAUUCUACCACGAUCAUUACCGAUAUUCCCCAGAAUAUAAUCAUCAACGGCCAGCAAAUGACGACUCGUAUCUCCCUAUCUGGUCUCAGUCCAGGCAUCAAUAGCCCCGAAAGCAGAAAUCCCGUGGAUACGCCCAUUGACGAAUCAAAGCUGGGAAAGGCAAUGACCAAACUUCCUGUCUGCUCUCGUUGUAAAAGCAACAGGAUAAAACGCGAUGUUAAUCUACCUGCUUGUCAUCGUUGUCUCAGGUCUGGUCAUGAUCGUUACUACUGGGAUUACGUUAUAGGGAAGGAUAUCGCCAGAAAGUACGAACCUAGUACGCCUAUUUUGAAUCCAUUCAUCGUAGCUGACACCGUGACUAGAGAAAUCCAUAUUUUGAAGAAGCAAAUAUCACUAGGUCUGAAAACCGAUCACAUAUCACGUCUCUCAUGUGGGUCUAAUUCAAUUGCCGAGUCAGCAUCACUCGGGAUUGUAGACUCCGUGGCAACUGUGACCAACUUUGGUCAUCGUGACCUGUCUUCAAAAGUCUUAUGUCCUUCGCCUUACACCUCUGCUUAA